AUGGCCGCGGAAUCCCGAGUUGCGGCGGUUGUGGGCGGAAAAAGAGUCCGCGGAGGAGGUAGCGCAGCAAGGGGCGGUCGGCAGGCAGGGGGAACGCGGGAAAGACAAGACGGCGGGUGCAAGGGCACCAGGAGGAUCAGAGUCACACCUCCGGAUGUUGUCAUGUGUGUGGGGAACGGGUUUAUCCUCCAUACAGUCAACACUGCUCUGGUAGUGUAUAAUACCAAGGGGCAGCAACUGACAGCAAUCACGCCACACAACGAGUUCUUCAACGCCCUGCCACGCAACAUGGGGGCAUACGAGGGCGCGCCCAAGGGAGACGCCAUUGGCGACAUGACAUGCACGUAUGACCACCGCUCCAAACGCUUCUACCUCGCUACAUACUGGACCGUUGGGGCAGGCGAGGUAUCGGGCUUUGAGGCGCCCCCUCUCCCCUCCCUCUCCCCUCCCUCUCCCCUCCCUCUCCCCUCCCUCUCCCCUCCCUCUCCCCUCCCUCUCCCCUCCCCCCUCACCCCUCCCUCCCUCCCUCCGCACCCCUCCCUCCCUCCUCCUCACCCCUCCCUCCCUCCCUCCUCCUCACCCCGUUCUUCCAGUCGGGGGGGGACAAGAACGCAUAUGACAGGCGCCUUCUCCCCAUUCUGUUCCCCCUUCUUCCCCCGUUGCCUCCUUCGAAACCUCUCCCCCUCCCUCCCCAUCUGCGCCCCUUCCCCUCCCACUGUAAUGCAGUGGACUACCCUCAGAUAG